AUGGUCUCCUUGCUUGAGCUACCAGCCGAGAUUCGCCUGAUGAUAUACACACAUGUACUAAAGCCAAAUGAAUAUGUGAAAAGCUAUCGAAAGCUGCCAGACCUUUGGUCAUCGCCCGACCGUGGUCCUCUUUGCACCAUUCCUCGGCCUUAUGUGAAGCGAUAUACACCAUCUAUUCUUCUUCUCAACAAAAAGAUCACUACAGAGGCUCUUCACUAUCUAUAUCGAAUUCCACUCAACCUUUACGGCACACCAAGCACGUAUUUCGUCAUGCGUCAGAUGGAUAUCACAGAAUUCAUCAGCGAGCAUUAUCUGCAGAGAAUCCAUCAUGGUGUUCUGCGACUAAAUGGUGCCAACAAGCAUUUUGUCCUCUCGCUUCUAGACAUAUGGGGUGCCGAGAACCGGCUGGAACGACUCGAUGUGUAUCGCUCCAAGACUUGGCUUGACAGUCAACACUGGAAAGUUGUAGAGAACAGACUCGGGACCUUCUCGAGUAUGUUUCCGGUUGUAUUCCACGAGGUCGAUGACCUGUCUCAGGUGAAGGCCUCCGAGGCUGUUUAG